AUACACACACACACACACACACACAUCUUUAUAAAUAGUCCCUCCAAAGCCGAUUAUUUGGAUCAUGAAAACUGGAGCCUUACAACGUGUUUGGAGACUUCCUAAUUAUUAGGUCCAUCUGACUAUUGCCGUUUCUAUCUUCCUAGAUAUUUGCUUAAUAAGCCGCCGCGCUGCUGCUGCUGCUGCUGCUAUUAUUUUGUUACCGGAAAAUGGAAGCCGUUGGCAGGUCCAGCGAAGCCAAGUAUGAGUGCCUGCUCUUUGACAUGGAUGAUACUUUGUACCCCUUGAGCUCGGGUCUCAACUUGGCUUGCCGCAAGAAUAUACAAGAGUUCAUGUUGCAACACUUGCAAAUUGAAGAAAAUGAAGUGCCCAGGAUGUGUUUGGAAUUGUACAGAGAAUAUGGGACGACAAUGGCCGGUCUCAAGGCACUUGGCUAUGAAUUCGACAAUGACGAGUUUCACGCCUAUGUCCAUGGAAAUCUACCAUAUGAUGUACUGAAACCAGAUCCAGCGCUGAGGAACCUUCUACUAUCUGUGUCACAACGAAAAAUAAUCUUUACUAAUGCCGACCAAGCGCAUGCAGCACUAGUCCUCAAAAGGUUGGGUUUGGAAGAUUGUUUUGAAGGUGUCAUAUGCUUUGAAACUCUGAAUCCCCAUCCCCCCCAUGUUGAACCAGUUGAUGAUAAUUAUUACAUGCAAGGGAACGGGAUAGAUGGUAAUGAAGUCCCCAAAAUCGCAAGUCCAGGGACUAAUACAUUGAUCAGCUCCCACUCGCGAGUUCUCUGCAAACCUUCUGUGGAAGCAUUUGAAGCUGCAAUUCGAAUUGCAAAUAUUGACCCACAGAAGACAAUAUUCUUUGAUGAUAGUGCUCGCAACAUUGAGAGUGGGAAAGCAGCAGGACUUUAUACUGUUAUUGUGGGAAGCUCCACUCUAGUGCCUGGUGCGGACCAUGCUUUGACUAGCAUCCACAAUAUCAAAGAGGCCCUGCCUGAAAUAUGGGAAGGUGGAGAAAGAGAGCAGGUGGAGCAACUGAUCCAGUCAGCUCCAGUUGAAACUGUAGUCCUCGCAUAGGUGAGAAACUCCUUUGCAUCGUCCCCAAUGGAAAUGGGAUGGGAGAUGAAGUAUAUUUACAACUUAUACAAGUAGUAGAAAAGUUAUUUACUUACCAAAAGAAAAAUGAGGAAUAUACAAGGUUAUAACAGAAUAAGCAAUAUAUAUACAAUCACAUGUUACAUUCUCCAUACGAACUUUCUACUGCUGUAUCUGUUCUUAUUGCCUAUUAGGUAAUAGUCCUCUCAGUAACCUUGUCUUCCAAUAGAAUGCUGCAACAUGGGGGUGACGAUCUUCUAUAUAUCCGCAACCAUAAUAUAGUUCUCCUCAUAAAAAUUUCUAAUGUACUCGAUACCAUGAUCCAGUACAAUCACAAUCAUAAGAUCUAUACUUGUUACUUAAGCUCGUAAAGAGAUUAGCAACGUAUUUAUACCCAGAAUACAUGUUGUAUACAACACCAGUCCAUGUUAUUUUAUCUUAACCAAU